AUGCAACGUGAACAAGUGACAAAGUCCAAGAAGCAAUUACAAAAGUGUCCUCAAGGCACUGAAAGACUUAAACAUUUGCCUCGCUCUUGUUCUUCUACAAGUACAAAGCAGCCAUUGAGUUCAUUCUCAAGUGAUCAAGACAGGCCGUUCAUGUAUCACCAAUUUCGUCCAUCGGGAAAUGGUUAUCGUCCUAAUUUCAAGACAAGUUACAAAGCGAAAAAGACAAGACAAUCACCUGCUCCAUGUAUGAAAUUCUUAUCGGGUUAUGGCUGUUCGUACGGGGAAAAAUGCCGCUUUUCACAUGAUCUUCGAGCUUUUUAUCCCGUUUACUACGAGUCUACGGGGUACGACGACUCGAUUUGGCCAGCUGUCUAUGCUAUGCCUCGUCAAAACUACACGCAGCGGCAGAUGCCACGUGUGAUGAAACCUUCUUUAAUGCCUGUAAAAGAUGUAGCUCACCACUCGUCAAUGUCUCGUCCAUCACCCCAACGCGAGCGAGCAUCCUCGUUCACAAACCAUUUCAAGUCUCAUGAUAACCAGGUUGAUAACGUUCCUGUGUCAGCAAGUGGAAAGCUAUUGUAUAAGGAAGCUGUCCUCAAGCAAAGCAAGGUAAAGCAAUCGGAGCGUACGCGCUACGACGCAACAUCACAUAAAAGCAGUGGAGAAGACGAAUAUGGUGACGAAAGCUGUCCGUCUAAUGAAAAUGUGGCGACGCAUGAAACAGAGUCUGUUGACACGACACGGCAGCAUCAACGACGCAAAAAGAAUAUGUACUUGCGCAAGUGCGGGGUGCUAAACAACUCUGCCGAUGGCGGUUCAACGGAGUUUUAUCGCAAUCCGAACUAUUUAUUUCGAGAAGUCGAGGGUGGUAACCUCGCAUACACAUGUGCUCAGCAGCAGCCUCAACGCAAAGAACAGGAAGUUUAUUUGCACCCUACUAGAGCAGCACAAGUGAUGCAUCCAAUGAGUUCAUCCUACGCGCGAUACCUGUCAGAGGAACAAUUUUACAGUCAUCUCAGCAGGCAAGUGGAAGCUUUCGUUGAUCACAUUGACACAAAGCUGGCAUUGAUGAAAAUGCAUCAACAGCAGGCCAUUGAUUCAUUACAAGAACUUGUGCGCGCCCUAUGGCCUGAUGCGUUAAUUGAUGUAUACGGGUCAAACUAUACGCACCUAGCGUUGCCGGCGAGCGACAUCGAUUGUGUACUAGUUUCAAAGUCGUUGACAGGAGAUCGGCCUCUGACGAUCUUGAAGGCUUUGUCGGUCGAAGUUGAGCGGCAGUCGUGGUCGAAGCAACUUAAGCUACUUGGAAAUGCAAAAAUUCCCGUUCUCAAGAUGACAAAUUCACUCGACUCGACACAACCAGAUGUGCUACUGGACCUUACCUGCGGUCAUUCUGUUGGUCACACUGGUUUGGAUGCGCGUGACCUUAUUUAUUCGCUCCAAGCAGAGAUGCCAGCGUUGCGUCCUCUUGUUUUAGUUUUGAAAAGUCAUCUCGUUAGCAAUCAGCUGAACUGCGCGUUCACUGGAGGCAUUUCGUCGUACGUUUUGGUCAUUUUGGUGAUUCGCUUUUUGCAGGCAUGUGGCGAUACCCACCACAAGUCAUUCACAGGCUCCAGUAUUCGCAAGGUUUGGAAUGGAAAUCGAACAAGGAGCUACUCGGAAAAUGGACCGGUGUGCGAUUUACCAGAAGAGCUUGCCUACAAUGCAAGCCUCAGUGACGCCGCCAUGGUACAUCCGAAGUGGUGCUACACAUUUUCCCGUGGUGGACGUGUUACGUGGCGCACUGGUAUUGGCAGCCUCCUGUUGCUUUUCUUGGAAACGUACAUCACGUUCGAUUAUCGCCGAUUUGGCAUUUCCAUCGACAACGAAGGAGAAUUUUUCCUGCUUCCGCCCGAUAAAGUGGUCCCUAUGCAAUGCUCCGUUGUCAUUCCGUACGUCGCGGAUCCGAUCAAACCUGGACGAAGCAUUUGCAACUGCUUUCGCAUGCACGAGGUGAUUCAAUCGUGGCUUGAAUUGUAUCAAAAUCUGAUAGCUGGAGUCCCAGUAACAACCUGUGUUGAUGGACACUUAACCUCAUGA